UCACUACAUACUCUCCCGUCCGGCCCAUCGCCUACAGGUACCUCCGACCUCCUCGACCACGAACCGAGCAGUCCUUCAUCGAGCGUCGACUUCCGCAGUGAAACGAGAAUCGACGCAGCAUUCCAUCGAGAAGGAAGCAAGGCAAGGCAAGGCUACAACGAGCCGACAUGGCAGCUCCGGUGGCGAGAGGCAUCAUUAUCUCCCUGACACUGAUCGCUGGCCUGGCCGCUGCGGCCACCCAGAACCCGCAGGUCCAAGCAUGGCUGGAAGAGCAACGCAAGAAGAUUGCCGAACUGCUACGACAGAUCGGAGAAGAGCUCGACCCACAAGCGAGAAGAGCAGCGGAAGCCUUCGCUUUCGAAGGCAGAACGGUGAGGAAUGAUGCGGGACUGGCUCGCGAAGCAGAAGGAAGCCAACAGGCCGCAGCGUUGGCUACUGGUAGGCGGCUGUCGAGUCCGAGCACGAUUCGGAGGAUACCAAUUCGCGGUCCCUCGGACCCAGACGAGGCAGAGGAGCGUAGAAGGAAAGGCAGAGAGUACCUGGCGAGAAGGAAUCGACAACUAUAUGAACUGCAACAGAAGCGCAAGGCCGUUGCGAAGGCUACUGGGCUCGAGACACCACCAACGCCGACUUUUGACGAGCUCGUAGACGCAGAGGGCAAUCUCAAGCGGUCGGAAAUGCUCAAUGACGAGAAAGACCUUCCUGCGACACCGAAUACUGACCCCAUUCCCGAACCUGUGCAAGAGGAAAUGAAGCAAGUGGAACACCGCCUGGUCGAGCCUGUUGCACAGGAAGAGUCCAGUACUGCUGAAUCAAGUGGCUGGUUCACAGGAUCGCGAUACGCCAACCCAUUCGGCGACGAGUAUGAACUCGAACGGAGUGUGACACCCAAGCCUCCUCUUCCACCGAAAAUCCAGCUGGACACACAGUCGGAAGCUGCUCGGGCACCUACACCACCGAUUUCGGUGCCCGGCGCGUUUGACUCGACGCCAACAGCAGAGCCAUCAGAGCAGGUAGAUCACUCCGCAUUGAGCUAUGAAGAGCAACUCGCAAUCGCAUUAUCAUUGUCGGAGCAGGAUUCAUCCGGUCCAUCGGCCACUGUUCGACAACGGCAGCCCGCGGAAUACGACGACGCAGAACUGAAUGCUGCCAUCGCUGCCAGUCUCCGGGAGAUGGAUGACCAGCAAGCUGCGCAUGCCAUCGCGAAUGCCGAACCUGUGACGCCCAAGGUCAUGCCCGCUGACAUGCAGAUGCUCGUUGAUGUGACCCCAUCCACACCCACCUUCGCUCCUCGUGACCAAUGGGCCGAGCUGUUUCAACCUCAGUUCUCUCCGAGCAGAGAUCCCAUCUCACUCUACCCGCAGUCCAACCAACCCUCGUCAGAGGCGUCAGAGGCGUCAGAUGAACUCUAUCGUCUUACUCCCGAACUGACCAAAGCACGACUGGCCAGCCACACUGAGCAGCAGAGUGCAUCCCUGGCCUCAUCAUCUGCAGGCUCAGCGUUGCCAUUUGAUCCUGUUCGUGACGCUGCCGCUGCUGCUGCUGUCCGACCAGUGCCAGAUGUGAUGGACGCUAGUUUCUACUCUGCCCAUGCCGAACCAUCUCCUGCUCCCAGCUCCGCUACUUUUGACCGCAGCACACCGAUGCUAGUCGACUAUAGCGAGGAUCCCGCACCACACCCAGGUCAACGCACCCCUACAUCUCGAGCGCACUCAUCAUUUGGCUUCCAGACCGAUUCUGAUUCUGACACAUUCGCUUCUCUCUCUGCACCCCCUUCUCGUACAGCCUCGCGAGCCGAGUCGAGAGCCAGCGGGAUCUCAGGCAUCGAAAUCGUCGAUCUGGUCGACGAUAGUGAUGUGGACUUGUUGUCUGAGGAAGGCGAUGGCAUUGCGACGCCCGAUAGCUGGUCGGAAGUGGGAAGUCGGGAUGCGGAUAGCGAUAUGGAAGAGGCGAGGACCUAGUAAUGGGGCGAUUACACGGAACCAGAGCUGGAUUUUGGGGAUAUGUAGAACUCGAUACCUAUUGGCUUCCGUAUAAAUGAAUUCAAAC